AUGGAUACAUUACAGAACCUUAUUUCUACUUAUGGCGAUGUAACUAACCAAGAAAUUCCAAAUAAUCAACUAAUUCAAGAUCUCAAUGAACGACCAUUAAGAAAUUCUCAAAUUACCAACCUCGAAUCACAAAAUUUGCCUAUUUAUACAUCUCCUGAUAAUAUUCAAGAAAAGGCGCCUAUAUUUAACAACUGUCAAUUUCAAAAUGUAUUAAAGAAAUAUAAAUAUUACGAUGCUUUUCACUUUAUUUUAAAUUUCAAUAAUGCGAUAGUAAAUUAA